AUGUCCACAAGUUUAUUCAGAUCUAAGCAGUUUAAACUGAAAAAGAAUUUGAAGAACAUUGUUAUCUCUGGUCCAUUAGCUAAUGCAGACUUACAACAACAGCACCAAAUACUGGCACUGACAGAAGACCUGCAUCACCAGCAUCAACAACAAACAACCCCCCCAAUCAGGAGGAGACUAAGUAGUUUAGUUGCAACUCAACAAUCUCCACCACACACAGUCAAGCACACAACUUCACAUUCCAUUCUACACAAACACCAUCACCACAAGAAUGGGAAGUACACAAUAGAUACUGAAGAUGAUCCCCUUCAAGUUAUUCUUGUUUCCAAAUACGCUUUUAAUGCUGGGUCACCUAGAGAGCUAUCAAUCAAGCCCAAACAAUUCCUCCGUUUACUUGAAAAAUGUGGUAAUGGAUGGCUUAAAGUGUGUGAGUUGGAAAAUAAUCUGCAGUUGGGUUUGGUUCCAGCUUCAUAUUUAGAUAUUGCUAUAAACGAUAUUACUAGACCAAUAACCUUAGAAUGGCUUCAUGAAUUUAGGAUAGAUGCUCCUUACAACAACAACACCAAGCUUCUAAUACCAACUGAUUGCUUGAUUGAUGAAAUUUAUCAGAAUACAACUACCAAAGAUGUCUGGUUUUGUGUCAAGAUGCAGUAUGAUUUACAAAUUAUCUAUGCAAAUCGUUCAUUUGGAGAUUUUGUGAAAUUCAACAAUAACCUAUCUAAUAUGAAUGUUGAAUUUCCUCAAUGGACGUUGGGUGACUUUACAAAAAUCAAUUCUACUGCUGUGUCUAAAUUGAAACAAAUUUGUAUGGGAUUGAAUGACUACCUACAAACUAUUGUCAAACAAGCCAGACAUCAGAAUAAUUUACAACAAUAUUUACAUAAAUUUGUUUUUGACUUUGGUAAGUAUAUCACUGUUGACAAAGAAAAUCAUAUCGACGCUGCUCAACAAGAAUUAUCAACAGGCUCUAUAUUAAUUGAUAAACUCGCAUCAUCAGCAACAGGUAAAGAACAUGACUUUACUUACUCAACCACUGCACCGCUACCAUGGCACCAAAAUCAACACAAAGAUCUUGAACAACAACAACAUCAUCAUCAUCGCCAGCGUCGCCAAAGUGAACAGCUAUUCAAUAGCUUUACAUCCCCACGCACACCAAUAUACAGAUAUGAUGAGCAAACGCAAUCUCCCCAUACCGCAAAGACUAUGGCAGCCACAACUUUAAGAAAGUCAUUGAGGCAUUCAACAUCGGCAACAACUAUGAUCUCCACGUCACAACUUCUUCAAAGAUCAGGACAACAAAGUAACUACACUUACUCGCCUUCGAGAUCACAACUAUCAGUCACAUCAAUUACUUCUCCAUCAAGAAGAUUGGUCAAGUCACGUACUACUAGUCGUGUUUUCAAAAUCCCUGAUCAGCCUGAGUUGGAAGCGAUUACAGCUGGUGGUGAUAGCAUUGAAUCGAUACCUCAAUCAGUUAGCUCAAGUACUUUAAUGAGCUAUACUUCAUUACUUGACCAAUAUGAAGGAGACGAAGAAGAAGGAGAAGACGAGGAUGAGGAUGAGGAUGAGGAGAGGGCGAAUGAACAAAGGUCUGAGAAUGAACAAUAUUUGAUGUCUUGUAAUGCUAGAGAAGAGCUAAGGGAAUUGAGAUUUGAUAAUAUGAAGAUAAAUGAGAGAACGCGUGAUUCAAGUAACCCUGGCGAUAGCAACGCCACAAGUCGUUCACCACACUAUUCUCACGAUUCAUCACAAUCACAAUCAUCACAUAAUUCAAACUAUUCUAAAUUUCAUAGAAGGACAGAUUCAACAUCAAAUUCAAGUGUUGAUUCACAUCGUCUUUCUAUUGCUACAAAGGAAACAUCAAUGGACAAUCAUAAUCAUACAAGAUUAACAAAUGUUCAUGAGCAAACUCAGCAGGAUCUGGAUUUGUCAGUAUUGAAGGAAACCAAAUAUGAAAUUGAUCCAUUGGUGGUAGCGAAACCUAGAAAAACCUCCUCUACACAUAGUGAUGCUAGUUUAAUGGAUCUUCGUCAAAAUAUCCAAUUAGAGGAUACAAAAGAUGCGAGCCAAUUCUCAACAGCACCAAAUACUCCAUUAACACCAACUACAAUUAAUGAAGAAAUCUUUGCCAUUGAAUCAUCAGUCGUACAUAAAUUUGAAAAACCCUUGGCUCAUCACCAACAUCCUUCUCAUUUCCAAAGAAAACUUUCUUCGGCAAACGUUACUCUCCCAUUACAACAAGUGCAUCCAUCUGAACAAGAACCAACUGUCAAAAAGAUAAUUGCCGCUCAAGAUGAGAUGGAUGAUGAAAUCAAGCCAUUGAAUGUAAAGAAGCACGGGUGGUUGAAAAAAGCUGAUUAUUUAACUCAAUUAGAGCCAAAAGAUCCAGAGCCGGAGUCACAGAGAGCCACAAAGCAGAAGCAACGCUAG